CUCCGACAUUCAUGAACGCACCAUGUUACAACAGGAAGUACGGUGAUGCGUUUUGGUCAGUCGGCGGCGUAGCGACCGAAGCUAACCAACCAUAACAAGGUGCAACCACAGCAACCGAUGCGAGGAUAGAUCCGUAGCAGACUGCCGAGACGAUUCCAUCUGCAACUUGACUCGCCAAUAAUGUUGGUCGACAAACUGUCAAUGUUUCAGUGUGUAGGGAUUAGAAAACGGCACCGCGGACGAAACGCUAGCUAGGACAACGCGAAGCUGAGCAGUAUGCUGGAAGUGGGGAAGUGGCCCGUGUUCGCGCUCCUUCCUCCUGAAGAACUGCGGCUUAUACGGCAGGCUUGUGUCUUUGGCAGUGCUGCGAAUGAAGCCCUCUAUGUCACAGUUAAUGACGAGGUCUUUGCUCUGGGCACCAACUGCAGCGGCUGUUUAGGCCUCGGAGACCUUCAAAGCACCAUUGAGCCGCGCCGGAUUGAUGUGUUGUGUGGAAAGAAGAUUGUGUCCCUGAGCUAUGGAACUGGACCACAUGUGGUUAUCACUACUGCAGAUGGAGAGGUGUUUGCUUGGGGCCAUAACGGCUACAGCCAGCUGGGCAAUGGCACCACCAACCACGGACUGACCCCCGCCCUGGUGUCCACCAACCUCAUUGGCAAGCGAGUGACCGAGGUGGCCUGUGGCUCCCACCACAACAUUGCCCUCACCACUGAUGGAGAGGUGUUCGCGUGGGGCUACAACAACUCGGGCCAAGUAGGUUCUGGGUCUACGGUCAACCAGCCGACACCGCGGCGGGUCAGCAGCUGCCUGCAGAACAAAGUGGUGGUGAACAUCGCCUGUGGUCAGCUCUGCUCUAUGGCCGUGCUGGACAACGGAGAGAUCUAUGGUUGGGGCUACAAUUGCAAUGGACAGCUCGGUUUGGGCAACAAUGGGAACCAGCAGACCCCCUGCAGGAUCGCUGCUCUCCAAGGUAUCAACAUUGUCCAGGUUGCCUGUGGAUAUGCACACACGUUGGCACUCACAGACGAAGGGAUGGUUUACGCCUGGGGAGCAAACUCAUAUGGGCAGUUGGGGACGGGCAACAAGAGUAACCAAGCUCUCCCCACCCUAAUAAACACUGACAAGGAGAGGAUGGUGGAGGUGGCUGCAUGUCACACCAGCCACACGUCAGCUGCCAAGACGCAGAGCGGGCAGGUUCUGAUGUGGGGUCAGUGUCGAGGUCAGGCUGUGGCCAGCCCCCACCUCACCCACUUCAGCAGCACAGACGACGUGUUCGCCUGCUUCGCGACCCCAGCCGUCACGUGGCACCUCCUCUCAGUAGAUGGCGAUGACUACCUGACCGUUGCUCAGUCUCUGAAGAGGGAGUUUGACAGCCCGGAGAUUUCCGACCUCAAGUUCUUGGUUGACGGGAAGUGUAUCCACGUCCACAAAGCGCUGCUGAAGAUCAGGUGUGAACAUUUCCGCGCACUGCUAAACGAAAGUGACGAGGAUGCCGUAGAAGUUCACCAGUUCUCCUACCUCGUGUACCGAGCCUUUUUGGAGUACCUCUACACGGACACCAUCAACCUGCCACCAGAGGAUGCAAUUGGCCUGCUAGACUUAGCCACCUACUACCGGGAGACCAGGCUGAAGAGGCUGUGCCAGGAGACAAUCAAGAGAGGCAUUUCUGAGGAGAACGCCGUCACUCUGCUCUCUGCCGCUGUCAAGUAUGAGGCGCGGGACCUGGAGGAGUACUGCUUCAAGUUUUGCGUCAACCACCUAACGGCUGUCACGCAGACCCAGGCCUUUGCAGACAUGGACCACGACCUGCUCAAGAACUUCAUUAGCAAAGCCAGCCGCUACGGGGCCUUCAAGAACUGACUAGAGGGCCCCUGUGGCGACGGACGCGGCGCGAUGAGGUCUCAGUUUGCUGGGCUCCCGAGAGCCGACAGUGGACCGAAGUAAACGGCAGGCCCGGUGAGCACUCCGCAGCCUUUGUCUCUGGGGAUGUUAAACACCGCGGAGAGGCGAAUGGCUUUAGAUGGUACGCGUUGCCAGCCCGAACCUUAAAACUAUCCCACGCACAGCAGCUGCUCGGGGCCGCCGAUGUUGAGUCUCCCCACUCGCUCGAGCAGAGAUGUGCCACAGUGGUGGUCUUUGUGUCGCUCACAAUAGGCCCGGCUGCUUGUGUCUGAAUUGUUUGAUCAACAGUCAGAUUGGGUGCCUGGUGGCAGCAGCCAGCUCAGACCGAAUGCCUGGAAAUGCUGCAUGAUGUCCAAUGCGAUACACGGUUUUGGGUUUGAGGUUUAUUAUUUUUUUUACGAGUUUGGUGAAUACAUUUAUCGAUGCGCAUAUCACAGUGUAGCCAUGACGUAACCCUUGAAGUUAUGCUGCUUUUCUGUGACGCCUUGAUGCUCCAUUCUGGAUUGAGAUUUAGUAUUUAAUGAGAAAAAACUCACGCCGUUGUUGUUUUUAAGAAAGCAUGUGUGUCUAAUACCCUUUUUUGAUGUACAGCUAUAGCUUGUAUCUGGUCAACAAGACCAUCUGCUAUCUCUCGCAAAAGUUAAGUUUGCCACUUUGUUUUAUAUUGCAGCUUUUCACCUUUGCCAUCCAAGCGUGUGGUUACUGAUUGAUGUGGAAUCAGAGCAGUGAGGUCCAGUGUGCACAGUUUGACUUAUAGGAGCAUAUUGACUCCUGUGCAGCCUGUAGGUGAUGUCACACUGUAGGUGCAGCUGAUUUCUAAUGUGGGGUUCCAUUUGCAAUUUGCUAUGUUUACAAAUAUUUUAAGGUUUUUAAAGUUUCUUUUUUAUCAUUAUGAGUGUAUGUUUGCAGCAGAAUUCUGUAUUUCCUCUAGUCCCCUGGUAGCACCUUGUGCAAAUUAAAUAGUGCCGGCUUGGUAGAAUUGCCAACCGACUGUUGAAUAUAGGGCCACGAGGUCUUUUAAAUGUAGUCAUUAGAUACAUUUCCCUACAUCUAUCUAAAUAGACAUGCAACAAAAUGCUCUUUAACAAGCCAAUUAUUGUAUUGUAUAUUUUUGGGAAACAUUUUGAUAGUUACAAAAGAAUGCCUGUGUUCUUAUUUUGUAUGGAAAAUGUAAUAUGCGCCACAGGGGCUAACUUUUGUAAUUUUAAAUAAAUGAAAUGCCGUAGCCAUGAA